AUGAAUAGGGUCAGACGAGCUCCACUCGAGAACGCGCUCCUCCGAUCUAGUGGGCGACACAAUGACUCGAAGACACAACUUCUAAGCUGGCUGGACGGGAAUGCUUUGAGGUGCUUGCGAGCUGUGUGCACAGUCUUACACAACUACGUGGACUCGAAGCCUGGACGCCCUUUCCGCGGGCUCUAUGCCAGCGCGACAACGGCAGAUGUUCGUCUAGAUCUCGCCUGGCGCAGGAUCGCUAAGUUCUGCUAUAUCUUGACAAUUACGAUCUCAGCACCAAGCACGCAGUCGGCCGAGGACAAGGAGUCCUCGUCGCAGGUAUCAUCGUCUAGACGCAAGUACUCAACGCUAAGCGACAUACCUCUCUAUCAAAAGGGCAAGAGUGUUCUCGCAAGAUUGCCAUGGAAUCGACCUCCUCCCAAUGAACAGUUAUCAAGAUAUCAGGGCGCACGACUAUCCAUCGCCUUCGACAGGCGGUCCAACCCAGACCAAGACCUGCAAGAUGAUGCCACAGCACACUGGCUCUCUCUACUUGCACCCUGCCAUCAACUACGCACCAUCAUCCUCCGCGUCCACGGUGACCCAUCAUGGCCCGGUCGCACAAAAAUCGAGAGAACCCUCAUCACGAUCCGCAGCGCGCUGGAGCAAUCCGAACUCCCACAUCUGACCGAGAUCCGCUUCGCGCCCAUCCACAUCAUGGGUAUCAUCCACCUCCGCUGGGCAGGUCUCGGGGUCUUCGGCUUCGCUAGCAUACCAUCGCCAUCGCCAUCCCCACUCGAGCAGAGCAUACUCUCGACCCUGCAGAUCAUAACUCCCUUCCACGGCGCCAAAGACUCGCCGAGUCCAGCUCAAAAGCAAAUGUCCAAGAAGAUCCUUCAUGACUUUCUGCGGAGCUUCACGCCCACACUUCGAGUCCUACGGUUCCUGUGGCUGGGAGCCGAGGGCCCGAGUCCAUUGCUCUUGCAUCUCGACUUCGAGGACGAAGACCCUUCGAUCGACAAGGCGGAGUGCAUCAGUCAUUCCGAUCAGACUCCAACUAUGACAGCACUCCACUGGACCCAGCUAGAAGAAAUCUACCUAGGCUCUAUCACUCACCCACAGCGAACAAUCGCUCUCGCGCUCGAAUCAGCACCGCGUUUACGCAAGUUCUGGAUGCUACGGUGGGGCAGCAGUAGCCACCAACGAGCUUUCAAGCCCGACGACGGCAACGAAGCAGAUUGGGUGGACGUCGUGCCUAUGCCUGUAUCACGGGCCAUGCCCAGCACGGUCGACAAGAGAGGAAGGAGGACGGCAUCCACGAUGAUGGUGGCGCUGAGGAGGCGAAGCGACGUGAGUAGUAUUUACAGCCAGGAGGACGAGUAG